CUCACUGCUCUUACAUUCCUCUCCCUCGCUAACAACCGGCUCACCAGCUCCAUCCCCGCUGGCAUUGGCUUGCUGACAAAGCUGGUAGCCAUGUCGCUGGUCUCCAACCAGCUCAACGGCUCCAUUCCGGCAGACAUUGGCGCCCUCACCAAGUUGACAAUUAUAGCCGUUUCAAGCAACCAGUUGUCUGGCAGCAUUCCUGCUGCCAUCAGCACACUCGCCCAACUUCUUUGCCUAGAUUUUUCAAGCAACCAACUGUCUGGCAGCAUUCCUGCUACCAUCAGCACACUCACCCAAGUUUCUCGCCUGUCCCUCGGGAGUAAUCAGCUCACGGGUUCAAUUCCUGUGGAGAUUGGCUCUCUACUAUCUCUGGCAUCCCUGUCGCUGGUCUCCAACCAGCUCAACGGCUCCAUUCCGGCAGACAUUGGUGCCCUCACCAAGUUGACAAUUAUAGAUUUUUCAAGCAACCAACUGUCUGGCAGCAUUCCUGCUACCAUCAGCACACUCACCCAAGUUUCUCUCCUGUCCCUCGAGAGUAAUCAGCUCACGGGUUCAAUUCCUGUGGAGAUUGGCUCUCUACUAUCUCUGGCAUCCCUCUCUCACAACUCCAACUUGCUCUCAGGAUCUUUGCCCUCUGCAAUCACAAAGCUCACUGCUCUUACUUUCCU